AUGUCGUCAGUAUCUGAAAUCUCAAAGCUUUUUCCGGCGAUGAAGCUGGAGGAUGCAUCAGUGAAGCUGAAGAAGGAAGAAGUGUUGGAGAAGAAGGAAGAAGAAGAGGUAGAGCAAUGUUCGUGGAAGAAUUUCAUCGGUGUGAGCAACACGUCGGCGUGGAUCGAUGUCGAUAAGCGAUCAUCGCGGACCGGUGGCGAGAGGCGGAUGGGUGUGGAUAGGCGGCGGUCGCAGGUGGGGGUGGAGAAGCGGAGGGGUGUUAAGACGCGUCGUAUUCUGGAUAAGUGGUUCACGGCGAUAAUUAGGUAUCCAAGGCCGCGUGCUGGUGAUGUUUAUGGUAAUGGUCGGGCAUGGCUGGGCUCUUAUAGGUCACCGGAGGAAGCGGCUUUGGUUUACGAUCGAGAAGCUUUUAACUGUUACGGCUCCAAAGCUAAGCUUAAUUUCCCCCAUCUUUUCAUCAAGGAUCCGCUGCUUACCAACGACCUUCACAACAACAACAACAACAACAACAACAAAAACAAAAACUAG